GCUCCAGCUUGCGUCUCACACAUCUCCGCCUCCUUGCAUCACAGCUCGCUCUCCCCAUCACACAUCCACGCAAUCGCUGACUCUCGAGAAUAAGCUGACUUGUUGGAAAUACUUGAGGAUCUCUCAUCUUCCUGAAAACGCGCUGCCUGUGGCUUCGCAGGGGCUGGAUUUGGGGAUUUUUAUCGGCUUGCUUGAUUAGAGACCAUGAUACCCAUGUGCAGGAUGUCAAAGCCGUACUAGGUCUUCUGGAAAACCAGCUGUUCUGCAAAGAAAAAAAAUGAGUUUCAUACUGCCCAAAUCACAUUCCUCGACCAUCUGGUGUCUCCUGGAUCUGCCCAAAUGGGCAACACAAAGGUUUGUGUUGUCCAGGAGUGGCGUACUCCAACUGGCCACAAAGAACUGCAGCAUUUUGUCGGCUUUGCCAACUUCUACAGGCGUUUCUUCAGGGGGUUCAGUGACAUUGCUGCAACUCAUCACAGACUGAAUUUGCUAAGGUUGUGUUGUGACAGGAUACUCCCCAGCAAGGGCAGAAGCUGCCAUGCCCUUUGGUUGUCUGACACUCGGAGAGAAGAAGGAUUACAACAGUCCCUCAGAAGUGACGGACAAGUAUGACCUUGGACAAAUUGUUAAAACAGAGGAGUUUUGUGAGAUUUUCCGAGCAAAGGACAGGAACACCUUGAAAAUGUACACGUGUAAAAAAUUCCACAAAAAGGAUGGACGGAAAGUGAGGAAAGCUGGCAAGAAUGAGAUCAUGAUCCUAAAGAUGGUGAAGCAUCAAAACAUCCUUCAACUAGUUGAUGCGUUUGAAACUAAGAAAGAGUACUUCAUUUUCCUGGAGCUAGCUACAGGAAGGGAGGUCUUUGACUGGAUCCUAGACCAAGGUUACUACUCAGAGAGGGACACCAGCAACGUCAUGAGGCAGGUGUUGGAGGCUGUAGCAUACCUACACUCCCUGAAGAUCGUCCACAGAAACCUAAAGCUGGAGAACCUGGUUUAUUUCAAUCGGUUGAAGCACUCCAAAGUUGUUAUCAGUGACUUCCAGCUUGCAAAGCUUGAAAAUGGACUAAUUAAGGAUCCAUGUGGGACUCCAGAGUAUCUUGCCCCUGAGAUGGUUGGACGACAGAGAUAUGGAAGACCUGUGGACUGCUGGGCCAUAGGCGUCAUCAUGUAUAUACUUUUGUCUGGGAACCCUCCAUUCUAUGAUGACUCUGAAGAAGAGGACUCCGACAAUCGAGACAAGAACCUUUUCUUAAAGAUAUUAUCGGGAGACUAUGAAUUUGAUUCCCCAUACUGGGAUGAUAUUUCCGAUUCUGCCAAAACCCUGGUGGCAUCUUUGAUGGAAGUGGACCAAGACCAGCGGCUGACUGCACAGGAGGCUAUAGCCCAUGAGUGGAUUUCUGGAAAUGCUGCUUCAGACAAAAACAUCAAAGACGGCGUCUGUGCACAGAUUGAGAAGAACUUUGCUAAAGCCAAGUGGAAGAAAGCUGUAAGAGUGACCACCCUGAUGAAAAGGCUUAGAGCACCUGACCAGGGUGAGUCUGGGGCCGCCGCCGCUGCUGCUGGAGGCACCACAGCCGACGCCGGCGCCCCUGCCGGGGCUUCUGCUCCUUCUGCAGGAACGAGCGAUGGUGCGGCUUCUUGCAUCAAAGCUGUUCUAAAGGGAAAGACUACUGACCCCCAGCCUGCAGCGCCUGCAGCACCGGCCCUCCCCAUUGCGGCCCGACCGGACGAGCAACAGCAGACGCGGUGCAAUGGAGACGCUCCUCAAAUGCUGCCACAAAGAAAAGAGGACUAGGAUACAAUAAAGAACAAGACCUCUGCCAACCAAUAAGCACAUUUUCAGCCACCAAUUAUAUCACAAAUGACACAAUACACUUCACUUUUUGUCAUCUGUAAGAUUUAUAGUGUUGUCCCCUGUGUGUGUUUUUGUUAUUUUGUGUACAGCUCCCUUUGAAACUUGUGGCAAAGUAGCUUUUCUGUAGUUUUCCUUCUCAAAUGUGUAAAAAGGCCAGCAAUUCAUUGCCCAUGGUGUGGUUUUGUGAAAGCUUAUUCAUUAAGUUGUUUUACACAUAGGAUGAGUUUUUCUCAAUUAGCUGCUACUUUUUAGCUUUAAAAUUGACAAUUCUGAGUUUUUUUCUUGCGACCUAAAAUUUUAAGUUGAGUGAUUAGGUUGAAACAUUACUUUGGUGCAUCCUUAAAUAAUCAAGGCACUAUAGGCAAAGUUUUUGCAAAUUUAAACACGUACUCCAACAAGAAAUAGAGUUAUAAGAAACUACAACAUUGUAUGCUACUAGGAGUUAAGCAAAAGUGAGUAUAGCAUUUUAAAGAUGCUAAUAUUAGAGUUUUGCUGUGCUGAAUGGAAAAUAUUUUUGAGGAAAAUUACUCAAUUUCGUUCAAAAAAAUUGUCCAGUAUGAAGGCGAGUUUGUUUCAUUUGGGGAGUUAUGUUUCAGUUCAACACAACUUAAAAUUUUAACACAGCAAGGCCGUAUAUUUUUAAGUUAAAGUGCCUUAUUAACAUUUGUUGCAAUCAUGUUUUCACACCAGGUCAUAAAUGUUUUAACCACUUAGUAGAUCUUUUUUAAGGUUGCAGCUGGCAAUUUGAAUUUUGUGUUUCGUUCUCUUUUAAACAUUAGAAAAAAGAAUAGGUUUGGCGUAUUUUAUGUGACGUCUCUGUGGCUGUAAAACGUGUUGAAUAAAUUAAGAGUUUAUUGCUGAGCUCACAUAUUGUAUGUAAGAGUGUGUAUUUGGAAUAUUUGUGUAAACGUGUGUAUUUUUUAUUGUUCGUGUACAAAGCAACAUUUAGCUGAGCUAAAAAAAUUGCUGCUCUGCUUGUGAAUAAAUAAAAUAAGCAAUAGAGGUA